GAAGAAGAAGAAGAAGAAGCAGAAGAAGCAGAAGAAGAAGCAACAACAACAAAUUAUGUCGUCAAUCGUUAAAUGUGGGGAUUAAAUGGCCUCAAGGUUCGUCGUACUGUGUUGAUACAUCGUGGUCAUAUCGUAGUAAAUUCCGACCAAAAUGGCAUUUCGACCAAGGUGGAACUCUAUGCGUGUCAAUUAUGAACAGCAAUUCUCGCCAGUGGAUUCCAGAGAGGUGACAGUGCAUCGAGUGGUCAACAUUGUUGAAAGGACUCCCCCCAUCCAUCCUGCAAGGGGGGACUAUAACAGAGGAUAUGAAGAUGGCCGGUGGUUUGAUGACGACCCAGGCUAUCAUGGCGAAGAAUUUCCCAGGGAUGAUAAUUACCUACCAGAUCGAUAUUACGACGAAAACCCCAAUUAUGGCAAUUUCAAUAGAAACUCCUCACUCCACCAUCAGGAGCCACCCUAUCAACGUCCACGUUAUGACAGAGAUGAUUUGAGGCAUCAGAUACGCUCAAGGAAGAACGGACGACCCGGUCCAUAUUUUAAUAACAGGGGUCGAGGCCACUCUCAAAAUCGAGAGGACCAUAAUCACUUCAGCCACUCGCAGAGCGUAAAAGGGGACUGGAAUCGCUCAUCUGGGAAGAGGAAAAGUCAACCAACUGCCAAAAAGAACGUCUCUCCCGAGUCGGCCAAAGGCUCUGCACACCCUCAAAAGAAUAAGCCUGUUGCUGUUCCAACCCCAUCUUCGAGUGUCCCUGCAGAGGAAGCUCCUCAAGAGUCUUCAUCAACAAAGGAAAAAGCCACUGAUUCUGUACCGGAGGUGGAGGAGGAGGCGGCGGCGGCCGCAGCAGCGGCGGCUGCUCCUCCUAGCAUGGAGCCCGAGACGACCCAAGAUGAAGAAUUAAAGGCCCGGCGGUCGGAAGCCAUUAAAGCCAAAGCUCUGGAAAUUGAGAAGCAUUACAGGCAGGAUUGCGAGACAUUCGUCACGGUGGUGAAAAUGCUGGUAUCCAAGGAGCCCACUUUGGAGAAUCUUCUUCAUGGUGCUCUGAAUGCAAACUUGUCGGAGAUGAAACAGAACUGCUUUGCUGCCCUCAGGCACUAUGUGAAAGAACUCGAUGAGGCAUUGGAGUUGUCGGACACUACAGUUUAAUGUGGACAUCGUUUUUGUUUUGUUUUUUUUAACGAGUUUUUCUUUUAAUCACAUUCUUCCAGGGGAAUGAAGUGUGUUUUUACUUGGUUAAUAUCAUUGAUAAUUUAAUCUGUUUUUGUUUUUAAUAAGAUUCAUAAUUAUACAGUAUAUAAAGUUCCUGCACUUUUCCACUUAACAAAUCUAUUGUUUCAGACUCCAUUCGAACAGUUAAACUGAUAGUGUUGUUUGUCAAGUGCAGUUAAUAUGGCUGUAUGAAAACCCAAAUAUUUUACUGGUGAAGGUACAACUGUUUUUUAUCUUGCCAAUAAAUGUUUAGGAUGGUCUAACAAAAGCUAAUUCAGGAACCUUUUCUUAUAUUAUUAUACAAAAGUAUUGCACUGUAAUUAGCAGAAAGCUGAUGUAUUUGAGGGUUGCGUCAAAUUGUGUCUCAAUUUGGAGUGCCUUGCCGUAGUGAUUAAAACUAGGGCUGAACGAUUAAUCGAAUUCAAACCAACAUUGCAAUGUAAUAGAAUGCAACUUUUAAAUCGUGGAGGCUGCGAUUUAAAAAAACGUUCAUGUGAAAUAUGAGUUAACGUGGCAGAUAUUCAUGUGCUGUAAAAACGUCUACCAUAUGGUUUGUAAUUGUAUGUCUAUCUUAGAUUUCCCUCUAGCCGCUACUGGCGGCAAGUGGAGUUUUUCCUCCGAGCGGGACAGACAGGCUCACGGGCUUUUAAAGCUGCGGGAAGCCGAGCAGCCACGAGUCCCUCGCAAUCGAUUGAUAAAGAGAAGCCCGCAGGCGGCCAGGCCCUUGCUCAACGACAAAUUGAAGCAUAUAACCAUGAGGUACCUUUUGAAGUGUUAAUGUUCAUCCUGCAGCUAGCUGUCUUCAUCAACACAAAAGCCACGGCUACGCUGUCACAGUUUGGUUAAGUGGGCUGGCUUGGCACAGUGGCUUAGCUAGUCAUUUGGAAGCCGGAUGCAAACCCUUUCACAGAGGUGUCCACAUCCACAAAAACUUUUUUAUUUUUUUUCCUUCCAUUUUUACAAGGGGUGACUACUGUAUAUACGGUAUUUAUACCACUUUGUCCUGCUUUUGAAAUCUGUUACAAUUAUAAGACAGCUUAAUACUAGUGACUGGACAUAACCAUUUUUAUAUGCUCCUCCAUCCAGCGAAUAUUAAGCACCAAAGAUUUUGAAUGUUUAUCAACUAAAAGGUGUGAAUUUGAGAAAAGUCUACCCCAAAAGUUUACAAGGCUUGACGUUAAAUUAGUCCAUAUUCUGCUGUGAUUGAAGGUUUUUCUUUUUCCAAUUCAAUGUUAAAAUAAAUGUUAUUCAUAUCAAUUCAUCAGAACAUUUAGGGCAGAAAAAUGGAAAGAGUUGUUUAUACGUUGAUUGUAUCCAAUGUCAUGGAAUGAUUUAUUUCUUGCAUUUAGUGAAUAAUGCCGAAGAUAAACUUC